AUGAAAGAAGAAGAUGAUUAUCAUUUAGAGAUACGAAGAGUACAUUUUGUUUUCUGUAUUUGCUGUAAGAGAUUUUGCCAGUCCCUGUAUGAUGAGGCAAUAUCAGCUGUUACCAGAGCUAAGGAGAUGCUGUCUAAGUUUCCAAAUGAGACUGCAUACCUAACGAUGCUGUGCUACAAUUUUGGAGUUGAUUGCUACCAAGCGAAGGAUUUCGACCAUGGUGUUACAUGGCUGAGAGAGAGUUAUACUUUAGGCAAGGACAGUUCUGAUAUCAGUCACAAAACACAGGCUCGCACUCUACGCCUACUGGCAAACUGUUACAUGGAGUGGGAGUGUGAUGGUUGGCAGGAGAAUGCCCUCAAUGCCGUUUCACUUUCUAUUAAAGAGCAUGCUCACUCCGCUGGUGUUUAUUUGAGACUUCAGCUGGUCCUCAUGACUAAACAGACCGCCUCAUGCAUCAAACAAGCAGUGGAUGACUUACUUCAUCACCAAGACUGCAGUAUAGGCCUAACUUUAAAUGCAAUACAGCUCUUCAAAAGGCAUCAAAGUCCAGAACUGUUGUUUGACUUGAGACAUGUCAUCAUCAAGAAGUUUGACAUGCACCCAGACAGUGGUCGUCUGUUUGUGAACCUGUUGGAUCUCUUUCUUGAUGCAUCAGAGAUUCACUGUGCUAAAACAUUUGCUGAGGAGUGCAUAAAUG